AUGUCUGACUCUAUAACAAUUCGUACCAGGAAGUUCUUAACAAAUAGACUUCUCUGUAGAAAGCAGAUGGUAGUAGAUGUAUUACAUCCUAACCGACCUAACGUUAGUAAAAAUGACUUAAGAGAACGUUUGGCAUAUAUGUAUAAGACAGAUAAGAAUACAGUACAAGUUUUUGGUUUAAGAACACAAUUUGGCGGCGGGAAAUCGACUGGAUUUGCUUUAAUUUAUGAUAGUUUUGAAUUAAUGAAAAGAUUUGAACCAAAAUAUAGAUUGGUUCGUAUUGGGCUUGAGGAAAAAGUAGACCGUACAUCCCGUCAACAGAGAAAACAACGAAAGAAUCGAAGCAAGAAGUUUAGAGGGGUAGCAAAAAAAGCUGCUAUGACUGCUUCUACAAAGAAAUAG